AAUUACAUUAACAAUGGGAGUAUUUAAAUCUUUUAUCUUCUUUGCAAUAAUCUAUUGUUGUACUUGCAAUUCUAUGACAAUAAACACUACCAUUUUACCAAAAUUUCCAGCAUUUUACGUAUUUGGUGAUUCAGUAUUUGACACGGGUAAUAAUAACUAUAUAAAAACAAUAUUUAAGGCUAACUAUCGACCUUAUGGUCAAGAUUUCAACGGUGGCGUUCCUACAGGAAGAUUUUCUAAUGGAAAACUUAUUCCUGACAUGUUAGCUUCUGCUCUUAAAAUUAUGGAUAGGGUCCCUCCAUACAUGGAUCCUAAUCUUAGUGAUAAUGAUCUUAUUACUGGCGUUAAUUUUGCAUCAGCUAGUGCCGGAUUUGAUGAAAAAACAUCUAUUUUAACCAAUGCUAUUUCCAUUUCAAAGCAAAUAGAAUAUUUCAAGGAAUAUAUAACGAGGCUUAAAGGAAUUGUUGGAGAAAAAAAUGCUACAAAGAUUAUAAAUGAUGCACUUGUAUUAAUAGAUGGAGGAACAAAUGAUUUUACUUUUAAUAUAUAUGAUAUUCCAACGAGAAGACUGGAAUUUACCGCAGUGCAAUAUAUUGAUUUUAUACUACAUAAAGUAGAAAACUCUAUUAAGGAAUUGUAUGAUCUUGGAAUGCGGUCUUUUAUAGUAGCAGGAAUUGUUCCAAUCGGCUCCAUUCCCCUUCAAACAAGUACAAAAUAUAUUGAUCCAUUUAUACUGACAUACAGUUUGGAUGAACAAAAUAAAAAUUCUAUAAUUUACAAUGACAAGCUUAUCAAACUAUUAAUCAGACUACAACAAUCCCUUCCAGCGUCAAAAAUUGUGUAUAAUGAUUUUUACUACACAGUGAUGGACAUGAUCAAUAAUCCUAAAAAAUAUGGUUUUGAAGAAACAAAGAAUGGGUGUUGCGGAAGUCUCAUUUUUAAACAAGGUAUUUUAUGCGAUUCUUUUACUCGGCCUUGUAAAGACCCUUCCAAGCACUUAUUUUGGGAUAGGAUUCAUGUUACUUCAACCGCUUAUCAAUACAUCGCCAAUUCUAUGAUGCACAAUGUUCUUCCUAAAUUUCUCCAUUGAAGUUAUGCCUAAAAGUG